UUGGCGGCUACUGGGCUGCUCAUCUCUAAUAUUGUAGUUUGUUUUCCCUUUUUGUUAUAAACAAUGGCCAGCGAAGACUUAUUUGAAUUCUCGGAAGAUCUGGACCUGGAACAAGCCAUGGAGACAGAGGCAGAGGAACCAGGCGAAACCGAGGAACCUUCAGAAGUUAUAGAGGAAACACCGGAGAAUCCUCCAACGGAAGCGACCACAGAACCCGUUGCAGACAAGCCGGUGACGAAUGGCCACAAAGCCUCUGGUGACCACGAGGCCAAGAUGACACAACUUCCCUUGGCCAGGAUACGGAACAUAAUGAAACUGGAUCCAGAUAUGCAUAUGGCCAACAAUGAAGCUGUGUUUACGGUGGCCAAAGCCGUGGAAUUGUUCAUCGCCUCAUUAUCCCGCGAAUCCUAUACGUAUACCGCUCAGUCCAAGAAGAAAACCAUCCAAAAGAGGGACGUGGAAAUGGCCAUAUCGGCUGUGGACAGCCUGAUGUUCCUGGAUGGAGCCAUGAACUUUUGAACGCGCUGUUAAAACCCCAAAGAAAAUACUUAAACAAUGAAACAAUCGUA